AUGAUCCCUCUGUUGAGCCCGGCGGUGACUGUGGAACACAAUGUCCUGCAGACCUUCUUCAGCCACCUCGGGCACUUCUCCUAUGACAAGGCCAAGGACAAUGUGGAGAAGGAGAAGGAAGCCAACAAGACGGCCGGCGCUUCCUGGUCUUCCAUGCUGGCAGCCCUGGCACAUCUGGCCGCUGCAGAGAAGGCGUAUCACAGCAUGAGCUUCCUGGGCCAGAAGGCGGGUGGUCAAUCAUUUUUCAGCAGAAAAGAUUCAAUCAGGACAAAUUACACCUCGCUGUACAAUGAACUGAAAAAAGUGGUGUCAACAGGAAAACAUGCUAUUGGUGGGACAGCACCUCACUUGGAAGAACUGCUCUCCCAUCUGUCAGAGCAGUUGUGCUUUUUUAUUCAGGCUCGCAUGGAAAUUGCAGAUUUCUAUGAAAAAAUGUACUCUCUGAGCAAUCAGAAAUUCAUUAAUGCUGAGGAGUUGGUCAAUAUUUUGGAAGUCAUUUUAAAGAAGUACAGUUCCAGGUUUCAUCAUCCUCUCCUGUCUCCUCUGGAAAGUGGAUUCCAGCUUGAAGUUGAUGUUCUUGCACACCUUUUAAAAGCACAAAGCUUGAUAUUUGAGUGGAAGUUUCUUUUGUCUCUUGUAAACUUGCACAAUGCCCAUACUAAGCUACAGACAUGGGGUCAAAUAUUUGAAAAGCAAAAAGAAACCAAGAAACAUUUAUUUGGAGGACAGUCGCAAAAAGCAGUGCAACCUCCACAUCUUUUCCUGUGGCUCAUGAAGUUUAAAAAUAAUCUACUCGCCAAGUUUACGCUUUACUUCCAUGAAGCUUUAAGCCGACAGACCUCAGAAAUGAAAACCUUGACUGCUAAAACUAAUCCAGACUACUUUGGAAAAAUCUCCAGCUUCAUAAGAAAAUAUGAUGCGGUCAAUGUGUCCUUAAUUUUUGACAAUAGGGGUUCAGAAAGCUUUCAAGGUCAUGGCUACCACCAUCCAGAUUCUUAUAGAGAAGCCCCCAAAGGUGUGGACCAAUAUCCUGCAGUGGUAUCAUUGCCCUCUGACAGACCUGUUAUGCACUGGCCCAAUGUUAUUAUGAUAAUGACUGACAAAAGUGCAGAUCUUAACACUUUAGAGAAAGUUGUAUACUUUUACGAUGACAAAGUUCAAAGUACCUAUUUUCUGACACGCCCUGAGCCACAAUUUACCCUUGUUGUGAUUUUUGAAUCCAAAAAGUCAGAGAGAGACUCCCACUUUAUUUCUUUUCUCAAUGAACUUUCCCAUUCCCUCAAAAGUUCCAGAGUAUUUGCGAGUUUAAAGCCAGGCUCAAAAGGUUAA